UGUAGCACUCCUCCUCAAUGAACGCUGGAAAGAUGGCGACGGCAUACGCACGGGCGAGAGUCCACUGUGCCGGCGGAUAGAAAGUGCUCCAAAGAGACCAAAACCCGCCACUCCUGCAAAGAUUUAACGGUGCAAAGUCGCUCUGACAUUGCCUAGACAUGGUUUAGUCCAUGCACGGCUAGGAACAAGAAGCCACCGCUUUGCUAUGGAGCCUCCGGAUCGUAACAAGCCCAGCAGGCAGCCGAAGCCAGGGGAAGAUGCAUCCCAACAGAACUCUGAAUUGGAUGACUCCUGGGACUCUCCUAGCGAGGAAGAGGAAGCUCUGUAUGGGACAUCACCUCCUUAUACCUCCCGCCAGAUAAAACGCAUGUCUGGCAAACAUCAACGCCACAGCCAGGCGAGGAGUGCUGGUCGGUCUCCCAAUAAGGUGGACCUUACCCCACCUGUCCCAAAGGAGAGUCCCAAGCCAGCUGAGCCCCCCGAGGAGCACAGCUACAAGCAGGGCAAGAAGCAGAGGGCCACACUACGCUCUACGGAGAGAGACCACAAGAAAACUUUUGAAGGCUCCUUCAUGCUGGAUCCACUCUCAAAGUCAAGCCCUUUUGGUGCCCUCAACAUGGAUCCCAGGAAGCAUUACUUGAGCUUGGGCUGCAGCAGUUGCAAACUUCCUGUGUCUAUGCCCCAUAUUGGCCGGACCCACCGCCAAACCUCGAGGACAGACUGUCCCGCCGACCGCCUCAAAUUCUUCGAAACUCUGCGGCUGCUGCUCAAGCUCACGUCUAUGUCCUCCAAGAGGAAGGAGAAGGAGCAGAGGGGCCUGGAGAACAUGGCCUUCAUGGGUCACAACAACGAGGUCAUUUGGUUGGAGCUGCAGGCUUGGCAUGCCCGACGCUCCACCGGCGACCAAGACCUUUUUCUUUUCACUGCCCGCCAGGCCAUCCCUGACAUCAUCAAGGAAGUGCUGCACUUUAAGGUCAACUAUGCCAGCCUGAGAGGGGCCCAGUGUUCAGGGUCUCAAACAAUCCAGGAGGACUAUCGGAGUGUCCCAGAUUUAGUCUGUGGAGAUGAGAGGGAGCCUGCUGUAGCAGUGACCAACCACUGUGGAGUAGAUCCCUGGGGCUUUAGCGCCUACCCCUCACCAGCGAUGAAUGCAGCAGAGCCUCUGGGCUCUGGCGCUGAUUGCAGGGAGCACCUUCAGCGUCAGCGGCUUGCAUUUGAGCAGGUCAAGCGUGUUAUUGAGUUGCUGGAGUCUGUGGAAGCUUUGUACCCCUCGUUGCAGGCCCUGCAGAAGGAAUAUCAAAAGUAUGCAGCACGAGACUUCCAGGGCAGGGUGCAGGCGCUCUGCCUGUGGCUCAAUAUCACCCAGGACCUCAACCAGAAGCUGCGUGUUAUGGCCACUGUUCUGGGCCUCCAUGAUCUGUCCCGCAUCGGGUGGCCUGUCUUUGAGAUCCCUUCACCUCGCUGCUCCCGUGGCAAUGAAGAAGAGGAGAACGAGGAAGAUGAGGAGGAUGACUCGACAGCCACUUUUACGGCGGAAAGCGAUGGAGAGAACAGGGAUGCUGAGGAGGAGGAGGAAGGGGUAUUAGGACGUUUAGCAGAGGGAGAAUUGUCUCCCUCCUUUACCCCUAAAUUUGCCCGAUUGUUGUCAGAAGAGGAGUUUCUGCCAACUGCAACUGCAGGAAGUGCAGAGGCGAUUGCUGGAGGGGGAGUAUUCCGCCCUACAGCCAUUUACAGACCAUUUGUCGAUAAAGCUCUGAAACAGAUGGGACUGCGUAAACUGAUCCUCAGACUGCACAAACUGAUGGAUCGCUCACUUCAGAGGUCCAGAGCAGCGCUGCUUCGCCACACUCCUGAACUUGAGUUUGCGGACUUCCCAGACCCCAUGCUGUACAGUGAUUACCUGCCAGAGCUUUCCCGCCAUGUUUCCUGCAGUUGUCCGGCUCAUCCAGACCUCGGAGCAGACCAGGUUUCCUGGGAGGAUUUGCUGGACAUGGACCUCCCAUCCUUUCGGUCAGCGUUCCUCGUGCUGUGCAGAGUCCUUCUCAACGUCAUUCAUGAAUGCCUUAAACUGCGACUUGAACAGAGGCCCGCUGGAGAGCCCUCCCUGCUCAGUAUCAAACAGUUGGUGCGUGAGUGUAAGGAGGUUCUUAAAGGUGGUCUACUGAUGAAGCAGUAUUAUCAGUUCAUGCUGCGUGGCGUGGUGACUGAUGCUCAGGGCUUACAGACAAAUGCAAAUAUUGACGAGUUUGAAGAGGACCUUCACAAAAUGCUUAUGGUCUACUUUGACUACAUGCACAGUUGGAUCCAGAUGUUGCAGCAGCUUCCUCAGGCAUCUCACAGCUUAAAGAACCUGUUAGAGGAGGAGUGGAACUUCACCAAGGUCAUCACUCCUUACAUCCGUGGAGGGGAGGCCCAGUCUGGAAAGCUUUUCUGUGAUAUUGCCGGGAUGCUGCUUAAAUCCACUGGAGAGUUUCUUGAUGCUGGCCUGCAAAAGAGUGGUAAUGAAUUCUGGGAAUUUGCAGAUGACAGCACUGCCUCAGAUGAGAUCAGGCGCUCAGUUAUCGAGACUAGUAGGUCACUUAAAGAGCUGUUUCACGAGGCCAGGGAGCGAGCGUCUAAGGCUCUGGGCUUUGCCAAAAUGCUUCGCAAGGACUUAGAAGUUGCUGCCGUUUUCAGUUUCACCAACGGGGUGACAUGUCUCCUGGAGGCUCUGAAGAAGGGAAAAUAUGUCAAGGUUCAGAUUCCAGGCUUGGAGGAGCUGCAAGUUUUUGUCCCCUGUGGCUUGAUGGACCAGCGGCCUCUCAUCCUGCAGCUUCUCAAUGCAGCUGUUGGUAAAGACUGCUCCAAAGAGCCCGAUGAAAUUGCAGAGGACGAGGCCUACCUGCUCAUGAGUAAACACAGAGCCGGGGACCCCACUACUGAUUCGGACUGGGCUCAGUGGGACGGAGAGCUGCUCAAACUGGUCCCCCAGAUGGAAACUGUUGACACUUUAAGAGCCAUGAAGGUGGAGAACAUACUCUUGAUAGUGAUGCAGUCAGCUCAUCUGGUGACCCAGCGAAAGGCCUUUCAGCAAUCAAUGGAGGAUGUGCUCACUCUUAGCCGGGAGCAAACAUCCAGUCAGCCUCUCAUCGCUAGUGCUCUGGAGGAGCUCAAGGAUGAGGCACUACAGCUAUGCAUCAAGAUCAGCACUGCCAUCGACCGAGUGGAGUACAUGUUCACCACAGAGUUUGAGCCAGAGGUGGAGGAGUCUGAGUCGGCAACUCUGCAUCAGUACUACAGAGAAGCAAUGAUACAGGGCUACAAUUUUGCCUUUGAGUAUCACAAGGAGGUGGUGCGCCUGAUGUCAGGGGAGUUCAGGCAAAGGAUUGGGGAACGCUACAUAACUUUUGCCCGCAAAUGGAUGACCUAUGUCUUGACCAAAUGUGAGAGUGGCAGGGGCACCAAGCCCAGGUGGGCGACUCAGGGUUUUGAUUUUCUUCAGGCUAUUGAACCUGCCUUUAUAUCAGCAUUGCCAGAGGAUGACUUCCUGAAUUUACAAGCUUUGAUGAAUGAAUGUAUUGGACAUGUGAUUGGAAAACCUCAUAGCCCAGUCACUGGCCUGUACAUUGCUCCCAGGAAUAGUCCUCGUCCUGUGAAGGUCCCUCGCUGCCAUAGCGACCCACCAAACCCCAAUCUGUUUAUCCCUAAUGCUGAAGGGUUCAGCUCUCGAAGUCUCCCCUGCGACCUCCGGAACCAGCUGUUCCCCAACGGCCCUCGCCCCGUCCCUCAGGGUCCGGGGGAACACAGCCUCACCAAAGCACCCAGCAGCAGCCCCAAUGAUGUCAGGGGAUCCAGUCUCCAUGAAAAUGACCGUCUGUCGUCGGUUGCAGCAGAGUUGCAUUUCAAAUCUCUGAGUCGCCACUCCAGCCCCACAGAGGAAAGAGAAGAGCCGUCCUAUCCUAAGGGAGACCCCAACAGCGCUGCUCGUCGAAGCUGGGAGCUCCGCACCUUUAUCAGCCAGUCCAAGGACACGGCAGCACGGCAAAGCCCCAUGGAGGCCGUCCGCCGCUCCAUUCGCAAGUUUGAGGACAAACGGUACGCUGUGAUGAAGCACCGCAACAUCAUAGGCCAAGUGUGUCACACACCCAAGUCGUAUGACAAUGUCAUGCACGUUGGGCUCAGAAAGGUGACCUUCAAGUGGCAGAGGGGCAACAAGAUAGGUGAGGGCCAAUAUGGGAAGGUUUAUACCUGCAUCAACGUUGACACUGGUGAACUAAUGGCUAUGAAGGAGAUCCGAUUCCAGCCAAACGAUCAUAAAACAAUCAAGGAGACUGCAGAUGAGCUGAAAAUAUUCGAAGGCAUUAAACACCCGAACUUGGUGCGAUACUUUGGAGUCGAGCUCCAUCGGGAGGAGAUGUACAUCUUCAUGGAGUACUGUGACGAGGGCACUCUGGAGGAGGUGUCCAGACUGGGGCUGCAGGAACACGUCAUCAGGCUCUAUAGUAAACAAAUCACUACAGCCAUCAAUGUCCUGCAUGAACACGGCAUUGUCCACCGUGAUAUCAAGGGAGCCAACAUAUUUUUGACAUCAUCCGGCCUGAUUAAGCUUGGUGACUUUGGCUGUUCAGUCAAGUUGAGGAACAACACUCACACCAUGCCGGAGGUGAACAGCACACUAGGAACAGCAGCCUACAUGGCACCUGAAGUCAUAACCAGGGCAAAGGGUGAAGGUCAUGGACGAGCAGCAGACAUCUGGAGUUUGGGCUGCGUCCUCAUUGAGAUGGUAACUGGAAAGAGACCCUGGCACGAGUAUGAACACAACUUCCAGAUCAUGUACAAAGUGGGCAUGGGCCAUAAACCCCCCAUACCAGAGAAGCUGAGCACAGAAGGGAAGGACUUCCUCGGUCACUGUCUGGAGAGCGAACCCAAACGCCGCUGGACAGCUAGCAUGCUGCUAGACCACCCGUUUGUCAAGGUGUGUACGGAUGAAGAGUGAACGGACCUUCUCUGCGGCUUUUACGUUUACAAAUUAAAGCACUACUGUACAUGCUGUUGGCAAAAGAAAAAAGAACUGUGGACGCGGAGAAGAGGAAGUUACGGCUAAAGGCACAUGGAGUUAAACUGAGGAACUAAUACAAUAUCAUUUCAGUGGACAACUGGACCUAUUGAGUUUAGGGUUGUCUGUAUGUACCCAUGGACUAGGGGGAGGAGGGGCAGGGGUGGGACUGUACAUACUGUAAGAAUAGGAUUGGCUUUAAUUCUUGUAUAAACAAUAUUGUAAAGUUAAAGUAACUAUUACCACAUUUGUUGUCCUCACUGGUGAAAAGACCUCUCAAAAAGCAUUGAGGGAUACUUUUUUUAACAA